UAAAGCUAAGAUAGAAGUGUUCGGGGAGCAGUUGCCACCAGACAAAUUAUAAGAACGAAUUUGAAAUUUUAUAGCAGACAUUUUGGAGGGUCAACGGUGGACGUGGUGAUUGGGAUUGCAAAAGGAUUUUUCCUCUGGAACCAGACAUAGCAAUGGAGAUGGUGCAAACAAAAGUACAUCAUAAGAAAAGGCAAGUGGUGAUCUUCAUUAUAUUGAUUAUUUUGUGGGAGGCAGGUUCAGAAUUGAUUCAAUAUUCUAUACUGGAGGAGACAGAAAGUGGCACAUUUGUGGCCAACCUGACAAAGGACCUGGGACUCAGGAUGGGAGAGCUGGCUGCCCGGGCCGCCCAAGUUGUUGUUAAGGGGAAUAGGCAGUAUUUGCAGUUUGAUCCAGAGACCUAUGAUUUGCUGCUAAAUGAGAAACUGGACCGGGAGGAGCUGUGCGGCUCUACUGAGCCCUGUGUGCUACCCUUCCAAGUGUUACUGGCAAAUCCCUUGCAGUUAUUUCAGGCUGCCUUGCUAAUUAGAGAUAUAAAUGACCACGCCCCAGAGUUCCCCGCUAGAGAAAUGCGACUAAAAAUAUCAGAAAUUACUAUGCCAGGAAAGGUAUUUCCUUUGAAAAUGGCACAGGAUUUAGACGCUGGUAGCAACAGCCUUCAGAGCUACAAAAUCAGCUCCAAUCCUCACUUCCACGUUCUCACUCGGAACCGCAAGGACGGCAGGAAGUCCCCAGAGCUGGUACUGGACAAGGCGUUGGACCGUGAGGAGCAGCCCGAGCUCAGGCUAAUCCUCACAGCGCUGGAUGGUGGGUCUCCGCCCCGGUCUGGGACCACAAAAAUUCAGAUUGUGGUCUUGGACAUCAAUGACAACACCCCCGAGUUUACUCAGGAGUUCUAUGAGGCCCAAGUCCCUGAAAAUAGCUCCCUGGGCUCUCUGGUUCUCACCGUCUCAGCGAGAGAUUUAGACGCAGGAUCUUUUGGGGAGGUAUCUUAUGCCCUAUUUCAAGUCGAUGAUGUUAACCAACCCUUCGAAAUAAACGCAAAUACGGGAGAAAUUCGACUGAGAAAGACACUGGAUUUUGAGGAAUUUCAAUCAUAUCAGGUGGAUGUUGAGGCCACAGAUGGUGGGGGACUAUCAGGAAAAUGCUGUUUAGUCAUCAAGGUCCUGGACGUGAAUGACAAUGCUCCCGAAUUGACUAUGUCGUCACUUACCAGCCCCAUCCCUGAAAACCUGCCAGAGAUCAUAGUGGCAGUUUUCAGGGUAUCAGAUGCAGAUUCUGGACAUAACCAACAGGUUACUUGUUCUAUAGAUGACAAUCUCCCCUUUCUUCUAAGACCAUCCUUUGAAAAUUUCUACACCUUGGUAACAGAAGGAGCGCUGGACAGAGAGAGCAGAGCCGAGUACAACAUCACCAUCACCGUCACUGACAUGGGAACCCCCAGGCUGAAAACCGAGCACAACAUAACCGUGCUGGUGUCCGACGUCAACGACAACGCCCCCGCCUUCACCCAGACCUCCUACACCCUGUCCGUCCGCGAGAACAACAGCCCCGCCCUGCACAUUGGCACCGUCCGCGCCACAGACAGAGACGCGGGCGCCAACGCCCAGGUCACCUACUCGCUGCUGCCGCCCCUCGACCCGCACGUGCCCCUGGCCUCCCUGGUGUCCAUCAACCCGGACAACGGCCACCUGUUCGCCCUGAGGUCCCUGGACUACGAGGCCCUGCGGGCGUUCGAGUUCCGCGUAGGUGCCGCCGACCGCGGCUCGCCCGCGCUCAGCAGCCAGGCACUGGUGCGCGUGCUCGUGGCGGACGAGAACGACAACGCGCCCUUCGUGCUGUACCCGCUGCAGAACGCCUCGGCGCCCUGCACCGAGCUGGUGCCCAGGGCGGCCGAGGCGGGCUACCUGGUGACCAAGGUGGUGGCGGUGGACGGCGACUCGGGCCAGAACGCCUGGCUGUCGUACCAGCUGCUCAAGGCCACGGAGCCCGGGCUGUUCGGCGUGUGGGCGCACAACGGCGAGGUGCGCACGGCCCGGCUGCUGAGCGAGCGCGACGCGGCCAAGCACAGGCUGGUGGUGCUGGUCAAGGACAACGGCGAGCCGCCGCUGUCGGCCAGCGUCACGCUGCACGUACUGCUGGUGGACGGCUUCUCGCAGCCCUACCUGCCGGCCCCGGAAGCGGAAGCGGCGGCCGCGGCGCCGGCCGCCCCGCUCACCGUCUACCUGGUGGUCGCCUUGGCGUCGGUGUCGUCGCUCUUCCUCUUCUCGGUGCUGGUGUUCGUCGCGGUGCGGCUGUGCAGGCGGGGCGGGGCGGCCUCGGUGGGUCGCUGCUCGGUGCCCGAGGGCCCCUUUCCGGGCCACCUGGUGGACGUCAGCGGCACGGGGACCCUGUCCCAGAGCUACCAGUACGAGGUGUGUCUGACGGGAGGCCCUGGGACCAGCGAGUUCAAGUUUCUGAAACCUAUUCACCCUAACUUCCCUCCCCAGGGCACUGGGAGGGAAAUGGAGGAAAACCCCACCGUUCGGAAUAGUUUCCUGUUCAGUUAAGUAUCGGAUUAUUCUAUUAAACCCUACUUAAUAAGUUGGAAAUCUCUUUUAAUUUAAACCUACAUGUUUUAAUGCAUAUUAUUGACGGUCCGUUUUCCUGAUUAUUUUAUUACUGUUCCUUAGGGUGAAAUUUUUAAAAAUCAGGUACUGGGUAUGCACAGUAUUUUCCCUAUAUUAUCGUUAGUAGGUUUAAAAAAUUACUCUCACUCAAGUAUAUUUGAAAAUUUGAACAAAAGUAAAUUUUUAUUUGCAUUAUUUAAAAAUUUUUUAAUUGAAUAAUCUAUCCUUUUUACAAAAAUUAUAUUCCAAAGUCCUUAAGAUUGUAUUUCUAAGUAGUGGUGAGAAUUGUCAUCACUACUGCUAUGUAGGGGGAAAGUUUUAAUGUAUUUAACAUUAUUUAAUCAGAUAUUUAAAAUUUUAAUGUAAUUGAUAUUAUUGAAUGUAUCUGAUAUUAUUUAAAAUGGAAUUGGGCUUAAGUAAAUUAUAUUUGGCUGUGUUCUGUGUCCAAAUAAGUGAACUAUCAUCGCUCUUUUUUCUGGGAUGAUUACCAAUCAAUUCAAUGAGUGUAGGGAACACUUACUGUUUUGUAUUCUCAAUAUAAGUUUGGGGUAACUAAAGUGUGGAAAACUAAAGAUAAACACUAAAGAUGGCUAAAUGCUAAAAUAGUCAUUCAUAUUUAUGUGUAUUUCAGUAUACCACAAUAGUCAAUACAUAUUUUCUAUGAAUAUAGACUUAACGAAAUUGUCAACACAUUAAAUUAGUUUGUGAGCUUCAUGUAAGAAUAUGCUGGCCUUUUUAAAACAACACCAAGCCAAUUAUAAAUGCUUAAUAAAUAUUUGCUAAAUGUUAUUAACAUUCCAAUAGCGAAUUUUAAAAAAAUAACUUUCAAGGAAUUAGUAAUACUAAUAGUCUCUUUACAAUACAGUAUCCUUGCCAAUAAGUGAAAUUAUUAAAUAUCACUGUUUUAACUUUCCUUCUAAACAGAAAACAUCCUUGCUCACCCUAAUCUCUAUUACAGAAUAUAAAGUGCUUGAGAGUACAUUUUAUCUCGUCUUUGUCUAACAGUUUGCAAGUUCAGAGGUAUUUUUGGUAAAAUCCAAAUUUUACUUUUCAAACUCCUCCUCCUUCUACAUGUGUGAUACCUGCCAAGACCUAAGUAAGUUAUGAGUAGCAGGUUACUAGCUAAUGUCAGAUUUUCCCUUCCAGUGCUGUGUAUGCACCAUUUAUCUUUAUCAACCACAAAAUCAUUUACUUUCACAAUUUAACCCAUAUUUGGUUUUAUUUUUGUUGGUUAUAUUUGUAGUAUUUUAUGAAAUAUCCUUCUUUACAAGGUCCCAUCAAAGUCUGGCAGUGACAGUUGAGUGAAUAUUUUCUUUUUAUCCUUAAUUAAAAUGGAACUGGACUUAACUAAAUUAUAUUUAGCUGUGUUCUGUGUCCAAAUAAAUGAACUAUCAUGGCUCUUUUGUCAGGGAUGAUUACUGCUCAAUUCAAUGAGUGUAGGGAACACUUACUGUUUUGUAUUCCCAGAUACUUCCCCUCUCCUCCUCCAUUCUUCUUUGGGGGAACU